AAGGAAACUCAAAAAAAAAAUCAAAGAAGAUCUAAGAGAAAGAAGAAUGAUGAAGAAGCAAGUGACAAUAGUGGCGGCUCUUCUGAUUCUGAUGGCUUUAUCUUCAAACUUGGAUAUGGUCGCUGAGGCUCAGUUAGGCCCUGGAGACUGCUACGACGGUUGCUCCACCGCCUGCGUCCAGCGCGACUCGAGAAAGACGGCCCGAUGCGAUCGCAAGUGCUCCAUUCGGUGUGGCCCAGGUAAAUUAAUUAAACCGUACCUUACCAAACCGGCCUGUGGUCCGUUUGUUUAAUAACUCUAACCGGUUGGUUAGAUUUGUCUGUUAUCAUGCAUGUAACAUGUCGUGUUGUGUUAUACUAGGACCAGAGCAUAUCUCGAGGGAUGAGUUAGUUUUCUAGCUGAAUGAAAACAAAAGAGGACUUGGAACUAAUGUCUUUUUUUUUUUUUUUGUAAUUGCAGAUGCUAAAAAGGCAAGAGAGACUGGUGCUUAAACUUCUAUAUAUUAUACUAAGAUCCAUUUUUAUAUAAUUAUGUUGUAAUCUUCGUUUUAUCUCUGCAAAACAUAUUAUGUAACGUUUAUGUUGUUAUUGUAGCUAAUAGUCUAUGCGGUGUUGGCUUUAACUACUAGUAACGUAGUACCAUAAUGUAAUAACUUUGAAAUGUAAUGAGAAGUACUGGACCAGCCGGUCUACUACGAUCCGAUAAUCCCAUCAGUUUGCUACUGAGCUCAUAGGAAUCGGCUAAUUGUUCUAUCUUUGUCUCCUCUUCCUUAGUUAGGCCCAACUCUAGGGUAGCCCAGUCGAACCGGCUAACUUAUUUCCCCCUUGUCUUCUCUUAAAUAGCAAUGCGAUUCAAGUGUGAUAGCGAUUCGAGUGUGGAGACCAU